AUGGCCUUCUUUUCUUAUUCAAACAAUUACUCUAUGCUACUUUUGGUCAUUCUGCUUCCUUGUCUGCUGGGGUUUGAGAAAAUGGCUGAAGCUGGAAACUUCUACCAAGACGUGGACGUGACGUGGGGAGAUGGUCGAGGAAAGAUCUUGGACAAUGGAAAUCUGCUGACUCUCUCCCUUGACAAAGCUUCUGGGUCAGGCUUCCAAUCCAAGAAACAAUAUCUCAAUGGUAGAUUUGAUAUGAAAAUCAAGCUCGUCCCUGCCAACUCAGCAGGCACCGUAACAGCCUAUUAUUUACGUUCACAAGGUUCGUCAUGGGACGAGAUAGACUUCGAGUUCCUUGGGAACUUGAGUGGCCAACCUUAUAUUGUACACACCAAUAUUUAUAUACAAGGACAAGGUAAUAGGGAGCAGCAAUUCUAUCUCUGGUUUGAUCCAACGGCUGACUUCCACACCUAUUCUUUCCUAUGGAAUUCUGCUCGCAUUCUGUUCUAUGUGGAUGGGAGGCCAAUAAGGGAGUACAAGAACAUGGAAUCCAAUGGGGUGCCAUAUCCAAAGAAACAGGCGAUGAGAUUAUACGCGAGUUUAUGGAAUGCGGAGGAUUGGGCGACAAGAGGAGGGGUGGUGAAAACGGACUGGACCAAGGCCCCAUUCACGGCUGCCUUCAGAAGCUACAAUGCCAAUGGAUGCGUGUGGACCAAUGCAGCGUCGUGGUGCUGCCAGAACUCGGCGCCAUGGAUGUCGGAGGCGCUUGAUGCCGGCAACCAGAAAGUGCUGCGAUGGGUUCAGAAGAAGUAUAUGAUUUAUAAUUAUUGCGUCGAUAAGAAAAGAUUCCCUCAAGGCCUUCCUCGGGAGUGCACUGUUCCGGCCACCAACCCAUAG